GACGGGGUUUCACCGCAUUAGCCAGGAUGGCCUCGAUCUCCUGACCUCGUGAUCCGCCCGCCUCGGCCUCCCAAAGUGCUGGGAUUACAGGCGUGAGCCACCGCGCCCGGCCUAAUUUUCUGUAUAGCACUGUCAAAGUGUUUUCAGGCCAGGUGUGGUGGUUCAGGCCUGUAAUACAACACUUUUGGAAGGAUGAGACAGGAGGAUCCCUUGAAGCCAAGAGUUUGAGACCAGCCUAGGCAACACAGCAAGACCCCUGUCUCCACAAAAAAUUUAAAAAUUAGCUGGAUGUGGUGGCUUACAUCUGUAGUCCCAGCUACUUGGGAGGCUGAGGUGGGAGGAUCCCUUGAGCCCAGGAGGUCAAGGCUGCAGUGAGCCAAGAUCACACCAUUGUACUCCAGCCUGGGCAACAAGAGCAAAAACUCCAUUUCAAAAAAAUAAAUAAAUAAAUAAAUAAUCUAAAAAAGUGUUUUCAAUAAUAAUGCAUUUAUUUUGAUUACCUUGUUGGCUGUCCUCUACUCGUGUGCCUGCCCCACUCCAUUCCCCUUUCUAGAGUCAGUUCACAUAACUCCUCUUCCAGGAAGCCCUCUUUGACUCCCAGGCUUGGUCAGGUGUCUUCUCUGGGUUUCCCCAGGGGCUUCCUUCCUCUCAAUUCUGAUGCUGCCUGUGCUAAGUAUUUGUCUCCAUAUCUGUCCUGAGAACCUUGGAGCCAGGGCCCGGGGCUGUUUUUGCAUGGGCCUAUCACCUCCUCCAGGAAGCCCUCCUUGGCCCUCUCUCAGGCUGGAUGGGAAAGCUAUCUGGGAUCCCAUCAUGCCCAGGUUUUCUAGCGAUCCAGCCUCUGAUCCCUCAGCUUGGCCUUCCCCAUCACAGCUUUCAUCACUUUGUGCUAAACUUCCGCUAUCACUACUCUGGGCCGUUCCUGUUUGGUGACUCAGGGACCAGUCUGGCAUGGCCACCGCUGGGUCCCCAGCAUUAAGCCCUGGAGCAUGAGCCCAGUGAACUUUGAAUUCAGGAAGGAAUUCACAGGAAAGCUGCGGCGAGGCGGGCAGAAAACCACAGGCUUCCAAGAAACGCGUGUCUGCCGCCCCCUCCUCCCACCCUGAGGCCAGUCCAAGAGCGAAGGCCCUCCUCGGAUGUCGUCACCAAGCCCAAGGGAAGGGUGGCAGGUGCUCAGCGGGCAGGCGCCCCGCCCCGCCAGGUUCUGUUGGGGGCGGGGCCCGCACAAGCCCCGCCUCUUCCCCGGCACCAGGGGCGGGCCCAGGUGCGCCCAGGGCGGGGGAGCGGCCGCGCAGGUACCUGCCCUUUGCGCCUGCGCCCAGCUCGCCCUGCCUAGCUAGGUGCGCCCCGCCCCCUGUCUGCUCGGCCACCUUCGGGAGCCGCUUCCAAUAGGCGUUGGCCAUUGGCUCUGGCGACCUCCGCGCGUUGGGAGGUGUAGCGGGGCUCUGAACGCGCGGAGGGCCGUUGAGUGUCGCAGGCGGCGAGGGCGCGAGUGAGGAGCAGACCCAGGCAUCGCGUGCCGAGAAGGCCGGGCGUCCCCACACCGAAGGUCCGGAAAGGCGACUUCCGGGGGCUUGGGCACCUGGCGUACCCUCCCCGAGCGUCCGCACCUGAACGCGAGGCGCUCCAGUGCGCGUGCGCGGCGAGGGGCUUCCCGCACCUGAUCGCGAGACCCCAACGGCUGGUGGCUGGUGGCGUCGCCUGCGCGUCUCGGCGGAGCUGGCCAUGGCGCAGCUGUGCGGGCUGAGGCGGAGUCGGGCGAUUCUCGCCCUGCUGGGAUCGCUGCUCCUCUCUGGGGUCCUGGCGGCCGACCGAGAACGCAGCAUCCACGACUUCUGUCUGGUGUCGAAGGUGGUGGGCAGAUGCCGGGCCUCCAUGCCUAGGUGGUGGUACAAUGUCACUGAUGGAUCCUGCCAGCUGUUUGUGUAUGGGGGCUGUGACGGAAACAGCAAUAAUUACCUGACCAAGGAGGAGUGCCUCAAGAAAUGUGCCACUGUCACAGAGAAUGCCACGGGUGACCUGGCCACCAAUAGGAAUGCAGCAGAUUCCUCUGUCCCAAGUGCUCCCAGAAGGCAGGAUUCUGAAGACCACUCCAGCGAUAUGUUCAACUAUGAAGAAUACUGUGCUGCCAAGGCAGUCACUGGGCCUUGCCGUGCAUCCUUCCCACGCUGGUACUUUGAUGUGGAGAGGAACUCCUGCAAUAACUUCAUCUAUGGAGGCUGCCGGGGCAAUAAGAACAGCUACCGCUCCGAGGAGGCCUGCAUGCUCCGCUGCUUCCGCCAGCAGGAGAAUCCUCCUCUGCCCCUUGGCUCAAAGGUGGUGGUUCUGGCGGGGCUGUUCGUGAUGGUGUUGAUCCUCUUCCUGGGAGCCUCCAUGGUCUACCUGAUCCGGGUGGCACGGAGGAACCAGGAGCGUGCCCUGCGCACCAUCUGGAGCUCCGGAGACGACAAGGAGCAGCUGGUGAAGAACACAUAUGUCCUGUGACUGCCCUGUCGCCAAGAGGACUGGGGAAGGGAGGGGAGACUAUGUGCGAGCUUUUUUUAAAUACAGCGAUUGACUUGGAUUUGUGUGAUCAUUAGGGCUGAGGUCUGUUUCUCUGGGAGGUAGGACGGCUGCUUCCUGGUCUGGCGGGGGUGGGUUUGCUUUGGAAAUCCUCUAGGAGGCUCCUCCUGGCAUGGCCCGCGGUCUGGCAGCAGCGCCGAGUGUCCUUGCUGAUCGAUUUAUUUUCUCCAGGUAGAGUUGUCUUUGCUUAUGUUGAAUUCCAUUGCCUCUUUCCUCAUCACAAGUGAUGUUAGAAUCGUUUCUUUUGUUAGUCUGAUUUAUGGGUUUUUUUUUUUUUUAAGUAUAAACAAAACUUUUGUAUUAGCAUUCUGAAAGAAGGAAAGUAAAAUGUACAAGUUUAAUAAAAAGGGGCCUUCCCCUUUAAAAUUUCA